AUGUUAAACUAAAGAACAGUCCAGCUGAACUGGUCAGACAUGAGGCACACAUCAGGACACGUAUUGUACAACCAAUCUGUGAUAAACUGAGCAGUUCACAUCCUGCACUAGCAGUAUCCAAUGUAUAUCUAAAUGGAAGUACGUCAAAUCAGACAAAGAUAGAUACACCAAAUGAAUUGGAUUAUGUACUUCCAAUGGUCCAUUCUGAUCAUGUUCAAAUGAAACAACAUUGUGAUAUUGAUUGGGAAGUAAUAGACUGCAGGAUUCAUCCCUCACAACAUCAACGAUUGUCUCAAUAUCCAGGGUUAUUAGAUUCAAAGGGUUUUCUUGAACCAUACAGUUUUAUUCAGAAAUAUCUACCACAAAUUGUGAAUGAAAGUCUAUUAGAACUACACUCAGAGGGUAGCCUGGUAUACAAGGGUAAGAUAGCCCUAGAGGAGGAACCCAUUGAAUCAUCAAAGCUGAAAUACAAUGAAGUACAGCUAGAUAAAGAAAGACAUGUAACAAGUCUCUGCCUACGUGUUGGAGGAUUAUUAUGUGCUACUGACAUUGACUUAUGUUUCUGCCUGAAGAAGCUUGAGUUGCCUUAUACGAAUAGUAGAUUCAAAUUCUACAUAGCAGUAGCCAAAUGAAGGUGGCUAUUGUCAUAUUAUGAAAUACCAGCUGAAAGAGUUAAAAGAUUAGAUGAUCAUCACAGAAAGAUAGUCAUGGC